AUACAGGUUAUUUGCUCACAUAAUUAGAAAGAUUCUUUAUCAUUUUAUGGCAAUGAUUUUGCUUAUUUGCACUUUUGAACCGCUGUAAAGUAUUUUGUGUACACUGAACAUUAUUUAUAUGAUUAUUUAUAUUCACAGUUUCUCUUCACCUUAGCACUGCUUUUAUGUUGUUGAUGGUGUAAUUUUUUUUCCUGCAAAUUCAAUGCAAUGCCUUCUUUGGCUGUGACCCUAUUUUGGUAAGUUGUUGAACUAAAACAUGUUGACAAUUCUUUGAUUCAAGAUAAAACGUGUCGAUGCAUCCGACUUGUGUUUGAGUAAGAGAAAGAACCAGCCCGACUUGAGUACGGUUGACUGCAAGAACAGAAAAUGGCCACUGGGGCUCGCACUUUUCCUCGUUUGAAUCAAGCGCUGGAGGACGCUUUUGGGUAUCCUUCAUCACUCUUUACUCGCGACUCCAUGGAAGCAGUCAUAGCGUUUCCUACUCUACAUUCAGAUCACCAAUGAUACAAGGCACACAUGUUACCGAGAUUCACUAAUAACAGCAGUCUGACCUUGACCCUUUGGUUACAGGCAAUUGCGCUGGUGCGAGGAGUGGCAGGGCUCGGCUGUGGGGUUUAGCUGCCUGAUAUCUUAUGGGCCGGCUCUGUGUUGAAGUGAAUGAGUGAGAGCUGCACUCUGAUGGCUGUAAAACGAUGAAUAUCAGGUGGUGCGAUGGAAAACAUUUUGGAGUUGGUGAGCUUCCUGCAAUUAGACGUGUUUGGACUUUCCCUGCGUUUAACUCUGCUACUCUGGAUCGGAGGAACAUCCAUCACACAAGGUGAGGUCUUAUCUUCUGCCACUGUGACUGCUGAGGCAAGCCAACCCCUUCAAUUGGGCUGCAAUGUUACCAUGGCAACGGGCGACAGUGUCCAUCAAGUGCGCUGGCUAAGAAAAAACAAGCUCCUGCUGGCGUACCAACUCAAUGUGCCAAUCCACAUCAGCCACCAAGAGCCCAACGUGAAGCUCGCCUCUUGGCAAAAGAACUCCAGCUACAUCACCAUCACGAAGGUGCGGCCUGAAGACGAGGGCUGCUACCGCUGCAUCUUCGACGUCUUUCCUACGGGCUCACAAGAAGGCGUCACAUGUGUCAGCGUGACUGCCAGGGUGCAUCUAGAUGGCAACAAGGUGGCCGUGAGCGGCAGGCCUACUACCCUGUCCUGCUGGUACAGCCUGCCUGAGCGGGUACUCCAGGUUUUGUGGAGGAAGAUGGCUGAGCAGGGCAGCAGCACCACCGUGGCGUCCUACUCCAAAGAUCACUACAACGUAGAGGAGACGCUGCAGGGUCGCCUGAGCCUAAGCAAAAGCCUUGGUGACACCCAGCUGGUUUUCCAGAAGGUUACGAUAGAAGACGAGGCGUGCUACACCUGCGAGUUCCACACUUUCCCAGAUGGUACCAGGAGAGGCACCACUUGCCUUUCUGUUUAUGUUUUACCCGAGGUGAAGGUGACCCACGCGACCUCAUCCUCAGGUGUCACCGAGGCCAACUGCACCACACGAUCGCGGCCCGCAGCAGAGAUCACAUGGAACAUUGGCGGGAACAACCAGAGUCUCAACACCUCGCUUGUUUCCUUCUACUCAAAGGGUGACGGCAUAACGACUGUGACGAGCACACUGCUCCUCUCGUCCGGGCAGCUCACCGAGCGGUCGAUCCAGUGCGUUGUACACCACAAGGGACUGGAAAACCCCCUCUCAGUGUCCCUCAACACACCCGCGAGUCCCUUCACGGUCAUCAUCAGCUUGCUGUGCAGUCUGGUGGCAGUCCUGAUUCUUGUCUGCUUGUGUGUGUAUCUCCGCGGUAAGUUCUUCACUUAGAAAAUGGCAGCAGCUCCUGGCAGGAGAGGAAUAGACUGGAAAGAUGUUUUGUUCGACGAAGGUGGAAAAGGUCAUCUCCCAGGUUGCAAAGCUACUUUCCACACAGUGGUGGCGUCACUUUGUCAUCACCCUCAUUCCUGUUCACACUUUUCUUCUCUGGAAAGUGUGACGUUUGUGUUUUGAGGUGUAGUUCCCUUUUAGCUUAAUCGUCUGCCCCACAGUAGUUCAAAUUCGACAACCUUUCAAACCGUUCACUAAAACACUUGCAAAUGUUAAAUUUCUAGUUAUCAUUUAUUGUUGUUGUUUAUUUAACUUCCGUGACUGUUUUUCAAGUGGAAUUUUCUAUCAUCAAGACUUUCAUAUAUUUCCUGGGUGGGUAAAUAAGUGAUUCGACUGCCUCAUAUUGAGGCUACAAUUUGCACACCGUCUGGUGGUAUUCCUUGUAUCCUUCCUUGAAUGAUAAAGUGCUAUGACAUUUUUGAAACACAGAACUGCUAAGGUUGAAAAACCAUAAGGUUGUACACUUUAGAAUUUGACCAAAAUUGAAGAAAAUACAUAUAUUAAAUUCACUGUAUGAUAUCACUCAUCAGCAUCAAAGGAUUAUGUUUUUUGCUAGUUUUCCUAAUCACAGUGGUUAACCAUAUUGUGUGUUUUGUUGCGCUAGAAAAAAAAUCAGUCCCUGAA